AGUUGCACUCUGCCUCUCGUGCCGUGCGUGAGUGACUUUGUUGGCUUUCACCACUUACGUCCUCGAGAAAAAGAGACAUUUUGGCCAACGUAAAGUUCAACUUUUCGAAGCCUGGAAUAUUAAAAAUUUACGGAAUCCUAGUUUGUGUCAAAAGGAAACGAAAUUCGCAAAAUAUACAAAUCGGUGAAAGUUUCAACUUUCCCCGAUUGAUAGCAACUCCUCCUUGGUAUGAUGACGAUCCAGAUACAUAACAUGAUUUGGUGCAAAGUUUUUUUGUAAAGUGGGACGUAGUUAAAAAUAUCGAAUUUAUGAGAAACUGUCGACAACCAUCGUCAGUGAACCUUGAGAUAUCAACCACCUGCCCACACAGCACUGCAUAAGUUGGUCGGGCGGAAUUACACAAUCUGAGAAAAAGUGAAAUAACAAUGAUCACAUGCUGAUGAUAGAUAUUGGGCCUUUGUAACGAGCAAAGGCAGCGGCGGUGCUGCUUGCCGUGUGUGGCCGUGUAGAAAAACAAAGUGAGGAUAAGAAAUUAAUCAAGCACAACGAUAUAAUCGUUAAUCCGGUUGGAGCUGCUGUGCUACCUCGCAAAGUUCAUUAUAAAGUUGUUCUCAUCUCGCGAAGGUGAUACAAAGUGCGAAAAGUUGCAAGUUCAUGUGGGGCUCCCAUCAAAUUGAAGCAGAAGAAAGAUUAUUGAGCCAGUUCGCAUCACAAUUCUCAAUUACACUCACUCACUCUCGUCCGUUCAGUGCGGUGCAGUGCAGGAUAAAAUGUGACGCAAAUGCCUUAUCAUUAAAUAUUACCCACACACAAUCAUUACAUUGGAGCAAGUCAGGCAGGAGGAUCUAAUAAGUGAAUCGUAGUAGUGGGUUAAACGAUCAUACCAAACCAUAACCAUAAUUCAUCAUCCCGAUGGAUGUGUGAUGGAUGGACAUUUACACAGACGUACAUAUAGCGUGCCAUGGAUUUGCGCGUUGUGAAUUAAAGCGACCUUCUUCUCGCCAAAACCUACAGUUUUAACGUUUAUGUGCAUGACAUUCUGAACUCUUUCAGAGGCGGCGCAUGGAAUUAAUCAAGAAGAACAAAACCAAGACCAAGUUGUAAAGGAUGGAGUGCGUCCAUCUGCAAAAUAUAAUAACUUUUUCAUCGUUCUGUCCAUUCGCCAGUGUUUUAUGUCUUGCCAUAAAGCUGCUGCUGGGAGGAAAAUGUGUGUAAACACUGCUGAAUGUUAGUAUUUGUUUAAGGAUUGGGCCCGUUUAAGUUUAGACUUAUUAUUGGGUAUCUCCAGUUUAGCAGAGAUACAGUCGAGAGUUGAUCCUCUUCUUCAUUCGCUUCCGCAUCCAGUGAGUGGUGUGUUUGCUGUGUGUAACAGUUUCCACGUGGGUGUUGUGCAACUGGCUGGUGCGACGACAAAAAGCGACAACUUUCAUUCUCUCCCGUGAUAAAUAACAUGAAUGAGGUGAUGACUCUAAGCAGAUGGGAUAUUGAUAUCGUUUUUGGUAGUACAAAAGCUGGAUUUUCUGGAUUAUCCUGAUAAAGAAAAAGUGAGCUGAGGUAAUCUGGGGUGUCAUCGAACAAAAGAAGCGACGACAGAUAACUGCUUCUCCUCCGUUCGAGAUCCUCAUUUGCACCUUUGAGGAAAACCCCAUCAGUUCAAACGCGUUUUAUACCUGCACACAUCCCAACUCGACUCAAAUUCCUCUUCCAGCAAGACUAAUAAAAUAUUUAACGCCAGAAUACUAAUAAUGUGGUGAUAGCGAUAUGAUGAGCAGACUAUUUGAGACGGUGGAUUAUGUGUCUUCAGUAAUGUCAUAUCGGUAAAAGAGAGGUAGGACCAAGCCUGAGAUACAUAAACGACAUUGCCACCACACCUCGUGCAUAAAGUAGUAAUAAUACAGGAAUAAUAACAGCCGAGUGUUUCAUAACUGUGCCCGUGAGAGACUUGUGUACAUAUUCAGUUGAUGGGAUCCAUGUGGAUGGGAAUGGGCCAAGUUCUAAGCAAACGCUAUAAAGUCAAUUGUGGUUCCAAGUACUUACCGAAGGUUUCAAUUACAAACUACGACGACUAGCAUAAGGGAGUAGACACGAAAAGUAACGUCCACUAAUGCAAAGUGAGGUGCUGAAUAAUUCGAUGAGGGGCGUCAUUGUGAUGACACAUUUGACUUUGGGCAUGUUCAUGUCCACAAACUCGUUAAAUUAUUAUGAAAAUUGAGUAUGAUAGCACACCUGUCCGGAUUCCCAUGUAUGACACUCCCUGAUAAACGAUUCUUCUUAUUACUUGAGUCGCAGCAAGUGAUACUCAAGUUAUUUACGAUUUUUUGACCAAACCCAAAACAAAACGCCAGCAAGGCGCUACAUUUAACGGAAAAGUUCCGAAAUCCGAGGGACAAGCAAGAUGUUUUAUAACAAUGUAUGACAAAAGUUAUUAGCUGGUGUUGAUUCAGUUAGUUGAGGAUACAGAAGAAAAACAGAGAUUAACAUGGGUCACAAUGACGAAGAAUUGACGGUAGGAGAGUCAACCCCAAUGACUUCGCCGAGCACCCCGAGCACGCACAACUCCUCUCCAGUGGAGCAACCCAAUCUUUCAAUUAGCAGCAACUGCAGUUCCAACCCAAACAGUGGAACCAGCAGUAAAUUAUCCUCCCCCACUCAGGAAGUGAUGUCGGCAGUGGAGGAGGAGGGUCCAAUGAACGUGACCACCGGUCGAGAUGACCCAGAUGCUGACUCACAAAGUUCGACAAGCCCCAACAACUCGAGCUCGAUAUUUAACACCAGCACGGAUGUCGACGUUUCGGAAGAGGAGGUUGAGAGUGACAAACUAAUGCCGGCGAAUGUUACUGCCAGUGAAAGUAGUCAGUUGUCGGAGUCCAAGUCAACAACGGGGUAUGUUUGCAAUAGUCCUGUUAAAGAGGAUGCAGCGGCCAUUCUGAAGGAAAAUCAGAACAUCAAAAUCCGUCUUGGCGAUGAUGAGGCUGUCACACUGACAAAAUCAGCCGAACCGCUUCUCAAGGGAAAUUGCACCGUCGUCGGAAAUGUCACUCGUGAUGGAGGGAUUAAUGUCGCCACGACUGCGGACGACAUUGAGGGGACCGUUUCCUCCAGCUGCAGUAGCCGAGGGCGAGACUCGAAAAAGAAGAGCUUUGGCUUUCAAAGAUUCACAAAACUUAAUCUCCGCGUCUUUUCACGCUCCUCCAGGUCAACGGAACGUUUGGAUGUGGAGGAGGCUGCCCAAGCUAUGCUAAUGAACAACCAACUACAAAGUCCACCUGCUCCAUCCGUAAGCAAGUCGAGCUCAGAGUCCAACAUUCCCAUGUGUCACAACUCCCUUGACAAUCUGGCCAACGAUCUCCCAGCAUCCCGGUCCACCGACUCGAGCUGCCUCCUUCCAUGCCCCGGUGACAUGUUGGGAGGCGAACCCGCGGUGGCGUCCACUUCCGCCAGUGGUCAGAGUACCAGCGGAACCAGGGUACAAAGUAGCAGUGAGUGCGUAGCAGGAGCCUCCUCCUCCAGCAGUGACGGCAGCAGUUGUGGGGUCACGUCGUCGUCGUCCUCUUCUUCUUCUUCUGGGUGUUCCGCAGGACCAAAGUUCAAGCUGGUAACGGAAGGAGACGUCCAAGUGUGCAAAGUGAAGCAUGGGAAUAACCUCAUGGACAAGUUCAUCGGAUCAAAGCUGCUCCGGAGAUGGGAAACUCACCACAUUUACUUGAACGAUUCUUGCAUUUCCUCCAAAACGGCUGUGGGCUCCUUGUCAGGACCUGUUCCGUACUGGCAGAUGCAGGAAGUUUACGUGUGUGUCCGUCUGGACUCUAAAUCUCGAUACGUUAUCCGAAUCGUCCUUCCGGAUGGGUCGCUGCUGCUCCAGGGUUCAAAUUCUUACGUGAGAGACCAAUGGUAUUACUCCAUCUUGUGGAAGAAAAACAUUUUCAAGUAUCAGAAUUUGAUGCGAUCUUCCCGACGUCCAGAAGUGAUCUUGAAGGAGCUAAAGAGUUUGGUUGACUUUGCCACUACAACGCCACUCCAAGACGACUGCGUUUCUCAUGUUCCUAUUGAAAUCGUAUCCAACCUGCUGGACUCGGCGGGUGACCUUUUAGGGAAGAACCAGGCCGAAGAAGUGCUGGUGGCCCUUUCUCCACUCCUUGAGCGAUCUCACCCUCCGCCCUCCUUGUGCCGCUUCUUCUCACGGCAAUGUCGCGCUGGACCCCGCUGUCCAUUGGUGGGUCAACUAUUCACACCAGUCGUUCGUCGCGCAGUGGUUCGAAUGGACUUUGGGAAAUAUCCGUACAUGCGACGCUUUAUACAAGAUUUUAUCCAAGCACUCAACUGCCAUAAUGAUGGAGUUAACGUCGUUAGAAAUUUCGUCAAAAGCAUGCACGGCCCAGCCAGUAGUUGUCCGCAUCCCAGAGUCCUCUCCAAUCUAGUCUCCGUCUGCCUUGCUGCCAUGUUCCAAAUAUUCAGCAGCAAGCCAAGCAACCUUGGACUGAAUGCCGACAGUAUGAAAGAUAUUCCGUAUGAUGAACAGUUGCUGUGCUAUUUGGCCGUACUGGACACCAUAUCAGAGUUUGAAGACUGGAGGCCAAGCCUGGCACAACUGUUGCAACCCAUCCCCUUUCCAGAGGAGGCCUUAUCAAACUCAUUCUUCACACGGAGCCUGUCUUCCGUGAUAAGAAGGAUCGGGACGGACCAUCGGUGUGAUGUUCAUCAAAUGGUGCUGGGCAUUCGGGACGGCAAGGAGGGCUACUUUUCCAUCUUUUCGCCCUCCUUCUCCGGAUGUUCAGACGACGGAGAACUCUGGGGACUAAUGUUGGAACGUUUGCUAAGCUGUUGCCACCGUCGGAAGCGAUUUCUAAGUCAACUCGGGGGGAAAUUGUUGGGCAGCUGUUUACUGCUGGCCUUGAGGGAACAUGAAGCAGCUCAAGAGGCACUUUGCACUCUCCUCGAGUGGCAAAUCGUUCAAAGUGAUGACCAACGUGUUCAGAUCGCGACAACCCUCCAAAGCACGCCCACCGGAAGGGCGAAUUAUCUCGCUCUCUGUAGCAGACAACUUCAUCUCAAGGAAUUGCAACAGAAAGGGGGUCCACGAAAAUUAACUUUGCCCAGUCGCUCGACAGAUAACGACCUGGCGAAGCUCUUGAGUUGUGGCUCCUUUGGGAAUUUGGAAUGUCUCAGCCUUGCCUUCACCGGCGUGACCAGCGCUUGUGCAGAACAAUUAAUCAAACUGCCAUCCCUUCGCUACUUGAACCUUUGGUGCACACAGUUCGGUGAUCUGGGACUUGUCCUGAUAUCGGAACAUCUACCCAACCUCCAGGUUCUCAACCUAUGCGAGACUCGGGUCACGGACAAAGGGCUUCUCUCAUUAACAUCACUUACAAGUCUUCGAAAAUUGAAUUUGAACAGCACUCAUCUUUCGGCCCAGACGUUACAAAGUCUCAAAAUGAAGCUGCCUGCUUUGAAAGAGAUCGACGUGAGAUACACGGACGCCUGGUGAUUCCUUCCACCCGACGCUUAAUGUGCACCAUUUUUCACUUUAUCUUCAAGAAAACGUGGAUGCAAGGAUGAAUCUCUUGAUAGGAUACAAAUAUGCAUAAGUAAAAGUCUAACCUCAACACGCGAAAGUCGACUUCAGCUCUUUCAGGAACACGUGGAACUUAAAUCCGUAUGUUAGAAAUUAAUUAGUUGGAAAGUAAUGCGUUCAAUUGUCGUCAAACAUGACUCGAAACGUACAAGCUGUUUUCCUGAGUCUUGCGGUUUUGCAGAUGUGUAUACUUACUUGUUAGUAACUAUGUAUGUACAUAUGUGUAUGCGUUAUAUGUAUGCCGUUGUAAGCAAGUGUUAGAUGACCGUGCAGGAAUUAUAAUUAGGAAAUUAAUGUGAAAUCAAUUAAAUAUUACUACUUACUGACUGAUGAUGAUGGAAACAAAUCUCAGUCGUGAUACUGUUGAUGAUACCACCACCACUGCGUUCAGGCACACGAGUGCCUUUUUGAUGAAAAAGGAAUGCGACAUUCGUCGGCUGCGGGUCAAUCUAGCUACAUAAGAGUCUACUAUACCUUCAGUGCAAUUUUCAGAACUGACUAACAUUGUCAUGAAAUUACUCUCUACCAAAUACAUUUAUUACCUAUUUACUUGUAUCAUCGUCUCUUCGCGUGACACCAAAUUUCCUUUUACACUAAUUAUUUAAGAAUAUUUAUGCCAAAAAAAGUGUAAGUCAACUAUAUUAGCUGUGAUAAGAAUAGUGUUUUCAACCCCAUUGUAUAAAAACGGUGAAAAUAAAAAUAUGAUACAAUCCAAAGCUU